AUGGCCUCCGUCCCCGCGAACUGGACCGGGGCGGCCGAGACCGAGUGGCUGCCGCUGCUGGGCCCGGCCGGCAACCUGUCGGGCGCCCCCGCCGCGCCCCCGCCGCCGCGGGCCGGCCUCGCCAACCAGUUCGUGCAGCCGCCCUGGCGCAUCGCGCUCUGGUCGCUGGCCUACGGCGCCGUGGUGGCCGUGGCGGUCUCCGGGAACCUCGUGGUCAUCUGGAUCGUCCUGGCGCACAAGCGCAUGAGGACCGUCACCAACUACUUCCUCGUGAACCUGGCUUUCUCCGACGCCUCCACGGCCGCCUUCAAUACCCUCGUCAACUUCAUCUACGCGCUUCACAGCGAGUGGUACUUUGGCGCCAACUACUGCCGCUUCCAGAACUUCUUUCCCAUCACAGCGGUGUUCGCCAGCAUCUACUCCAUGACGGCCAUCGCGGUGGACAGGUAUAUGGCCAUCAUCGAUCCCUUGAAACCCCGACUGUCUGCCAAGGCCACCAAGAUCGUCGUAGGCGGUAUCUGGAUUCUCGCGUUUCUGCUCGCCUUCCCCCAGUGUCUUUACUCCAAAACCAAAGUGAUGCCUGGCCGCACGCUCUGCUACGUGCAGUGGCCAGAGGGUCCCAAACAACACUUCACGUACCAUGUCAUCGUCAUCGUGCUGGUGUACUGCUUCCCGCUGCUCGUCAUGGGGGUCACGUACACCCUGGUGGGACUCACGCUGUGGGGUGGGGAGGUCCCGGGAGACACCUGUGACAAGUACCACGAGCAGCUAAAGGCGAAGAGGAAGGUUGUAAAAAUGAUGAUAAUCGUCGUGGUGACGUUCGCUGUCUGCUGGCUGCCCUAUCACGUUUACUUCGUCCUCACGGCCAUCUACCGACAGCUGAAUCGGUGGAAAUACAUCCAGCAGGUCUACCUGGCCAGCUUCUGGCUGGCGAUGAGCUCGACCAUGUACAACCCCAUCAUUUACUGCUGCCUGAAUAAGAGAUUUCGAGCCGGUUUCAAGAGGGCAUUUCGCUGGUGUCCCUUCAUUGAAGUUUCCAGCUACGAUGAGCUGGAGCUCAAGACCACCAGGUUCCACCCGACUCGGCAGAGCAGCCUGUACACAGUGACCAGGAUGGAGUCCAUGACGGUGGUGUUUGACCCCAAUGACGCGGAAACCGCCAGCUCCAGUGGGAAGAAGAGGGCCACUCCAAGAGACCCAAGUGGAGGCUGCUCCUGCAGGAAUUCCAAAUCUGCCUUCACCGCUUCAAGUUUCAUCAGCUCAUCCCACACGUCUGUGGAUGAGUAA